AUGGCUAGUGGCUUCAGCCGUAAGCUGUGUCCUAGUUGUAAAACAUCAAAGAAGUGCAAGUUCUGUGGUGCAGAAAUACAGCUAAAGGUAAAGUAAGAGGCCCAAAAAAUGAAGGAACAGAUUAAUGGGAAAAUAAGACAAUGAAACAUGGAAGAUAUGCAACCUUGGUUAAUGCAGCAAACAAGCUGGUAAGCUUUAUUAUGUUUUCCCCUAAAAAGAUUUCUGCAUUUCUAGCGUAGGGAAAUGAUAGGCCCUAUGCACUUAUUUGUUGUUCUCUCAUUGUGGUCCUCUGUAGCUCAAUUGGUAGAGCAUGGCGCUUAUAACGCCAGGGUAGUGGGUUCGAUCCCUGGGACCGCCCAUAUGUAAAAAUGUAUGCGCGCACAUGACUGUAAGUUGCUUUGGAUAAAAGAGGCUGCUAAAUGGCAUAUUAUUAUUAUUUAAGACUGUAAAUCUAAAUGUCAUUAUUUGACUGAUAUUUGUUGUGUUUCUGGAAGUUAUUUUGUCAUUAAUGAUUCCAGGUACAUAGGUUCCACAAGGUAGGAGUGUACCCCUUGCUACUCCUCAGCAAGAGGAAAAAGGAUAACAUGUUGUCGUCAACAGUGGUAUGAUGAAUCAGACCUCAAUGGCAGCAAUUCAAAGGUUGUAUGAGGCAAUUGUGAAAGGUAUUUGGACAGAAAUAUGUAUGUUUGUCUACCUUAAGACCCUAUCCUUCAACCACCACAUCCGUCCGAUUGUAAAAAACAAAUUAUUCCACUUACGCAAAUUCGCCAAAGUCAGCCCCUCCCUCUCCUGUCCUGCCGGCCGAAACUCUCAUCCAUGCUUUCAUCUUCUCCCGGAUAGACUAUUGCAACUCACUACUCCCCAGCAUCAACACAAGCUCCCUCGAUAAGCUCCAAAUGGUUCAAAACUCAGCAGCCCAUCUUCUAACCCACACUAAAUGCUGGCAGCAUAUCACCCCCAUCCUCUGUGAACUCCACUGGCUCCCUGUCUCCCACCACAUGAAUUACAAGAUCCUCCUGACCUAAAAAGCUCUCCCCCACCUUGCUACCCCUUACCUCUCUGACCUUCUUCUCUCCUACCAAGCUUCAUGCUCUCUCCGCUCACCCACAGUUGGCCACCUUGUCAUCCCCAGGUCCAAGCUCCAGAGUUUCAGUGACAGGGCCUUCUCCAGGGUUGCUCCUGGGCUCUGGAACUCCCUCCAGCCAUCCGUGACUCUGAGUCCAUCAACAUCUUUCAGUCCCGCCUAAAAACCCACCUCUUCACCAUGUCCUACCCUUACCUGCCCCUCCACCACUCUCACACACACAACUCUUCUGUUUCACACACACUCACUCAUACGCGCAACACCUGCUCGCUCACUCACCUGCACGCUCACUCACAUACUCACACAUCGCACCCUUUCCUUGAGCCCUUCUCACCUCUAUUUAACCCCAUUUAUACCAGGUUCUGACAUGCAUUAUAUGUCCUGAUCUUGUCCACAGUCUGAUUGUGCCCACAGAUCUUCCUGACCACGUCUGGAGGUGACAGUGAGACCAUUUAAAUAAUCCUGCCUUCUAAAAUCAUUGACAGGUGGCACCACUGACUUAUGGAAUAUAUAUGUGUCUUAAAAUAAAUAAAUAAGUAUUAUUUUGAAAAAAUAUCUGUCAAAGAAUUAGGAUACAAGGCGGAACCAGGAAAUCUGUUCACAAUGCGGACACAGUGGACGGAUAAGACCAUGUGUAGACGCAUUUCAAAAAAUGUGGGCACAAUCAGAAUGUGGACAAGAUCAGGACAAAGGACGCAUGUUAGCGCCAGGUAUAAACAAGUAUUUUGUUUCAUGUUUUUCUUCCUUUUGUUUAGUCUGGUGUUGUUUAGUUAGAUUGUUGAUUGUUUGUUAGUUUCUAGAAUUGUAAAGCUAUGAAUGUUUCAUGUAUUAUUAUUGUUAUUAUUAAAGUAGAGGACUUAGUUCAGGCAUGCAACAUUUCAACACAUUCUUUUCACAUAUCCUGUGUAGAAGUUUAUUUAUAAACUGGGUGGUUCCAGCCCUGAAUGCUGAUUGUCUAAAAGCCUUGGUAUAUCAGACCGUAUACCAAGGGUAUGACAUACCAUUUAUUUUUACUGCUAUAAUUACAUUGGUAACCAGUUUAUAAUAGUAAUAAGGCACCUUUGUGGUUUGUGAUAUAUGGCCAAUAUACCACGGCUAAGGGCUGUGUCCAGGCACUCCGCAUUGCGUCAUGCAUAAAAACAGCCCUUAGCCGUGGUAUAUUGGCCAUGUACACUGGUAUAUUGGCCAUAUAACACACCUCCUCAGGCCUUAUUGCUUAAAUAUACAUGCUCACCUCUGCCAUUUGGAAACUGUUGUCCACUUGUCUGUCCCAUUUCCUUAAUAUGGUAUAUUUCGCAGUGGCAAUCAACACCCAUGCCCCCACACUACAACCACCCUCCUGUUACUGCCUAAGCACUGUCUGAUACAGUUGCCCCCCAGGAGACCAGCUACACCCUCAUCCUCACCCUGGUUGAACCCCCGAUAUCCUCCACCACCCAGGAGACCAGCUACACCCUCAUCCUCACCCAGGUUGAACCCCGAUAUCCCCCACCACCCAGGAGACCAGCUACACCCCCAUCCUCAACCAGGUUGAACCCCCAAUAACCCCACCACCCAGGAGAGCAUCUACACCCCCAUCCUCAACCAGGUUGAACCCCCGAUACCCCCCACCACCCAGGAGAGCAUCUACACCCCCAUCCUCAACCAGGUUGAACCCCCGAUACCCCCCACAACCCAGGAGACCAGCUACACCCCCAUCCUCAACCAGGUUGAACCCCCAAUAACCCCCACGCCCAGGGCCCCCCAAAGAAAGUCCUGUAGCCCUGUCACCCUCAAAAAACCCUCCAACCUGCUGAGCAUGACACAGUCAACCCCAUCCAACCCCAUCCAACCCUGA